CACGCCAAACACGCAGCCCCCUCCCGACCGAGUGACAACUGGCCAGCGUACUCUCGGCUGUUGUCCCUUUAAAACCCGAAUCCAAGGAGGUAAUGAUUUAUCAAACUUGUCUUAUCAAGAAAAUGUCAAACGAAGGGCACCUUGCUUUGCACUGACGCAAACCUGGCCUUUCCCAAGGAGAUAUAGAAAGCGCCUCUCUUGCUGGAGCCAAACCCAGUCCUGUCAAUAGCUGGUUUCACUCUCUGCCUUCAAUCUAUUGCCUGUUUCAGACAUGGAUUGCGGUGCCCCCAAGGAAAUGAAUAAACAACCAGCCAACAGCCUGGAGGCGGCGGUGGCGCUGGGCCACCACGAUGGCUCGUGCGCACCCAGGACGAGCCCGGAGCAGGGGCUUUCCGCGGCCGCCGCCGCGCCGCCGCCGCGUGUGCCAAGGUCCUCUUCCACCGGCGCCCAAACUUUCCAUUUCCCCGACGCGCGAGCCUGCGAGGCCGAGCGGCCGGGAGUAGGGGCUUGCAAACUCGGUAGCCCGAGGGCGCCGGCGACCUCGGCGGCUCCGCGGGACUUGAGCGAGGCGCACGGCGCGCAGGCCGCCCCUCCUUCAGGGGGCGCCGGGCCAGGCAACGCGCUGCAUUGUAAGUUUCCGGCCCUGCACGGCCCGGAGGGGGAUGCGAACGUGAGCGUGGGCAAGGGCACCCUGGAGCGGAACAAUACUCCGGCCGUAGGCUGGGUGAAUAUGAGCCAGAGCACCGUGGUGCUGGGCACGGAUGGAAUCACGUCCGUGCUCCCGGGCAGCGUGGCCACCUCUGCCGCCCAGGAGGACGAGCAAGGGGAUGAGAAUAAGGCCCGAGGGAACUGGUCCAGCAAACUGGACUUCAUCCUGUCCAUGGUGGGGUAUGCAGUAGGGCUGGGCAAUGUCUGGAGGUUUCCCUACCUGGCCUUCCAGAACGGGGGAGGUGCUUUCCUCAUCCCUUACCUGAUGAUGCUGGCUCUGGCAGGGUUGCCCAUCUUCUUCCUAGAGGUGUCUCUGGGCCAGUUCGCCAGCCAGGGGCCGGUGUCUGUGUGGAAGGCCAUCCCAGCCCUACAAGGCUGUGGCAUUGCAAUGCUGAUCAUCUCCGUCCUAAUAGCCAUAUACUACAAUGUGAUUAUUUGCUACACACUUUUCUACCUAUUUGCCUCCUUUGUGUCUGUGCUGCCCUGGGGCUCCUGCAACAACCCUUGGAACACGCCAGAUUGCAAAGAUAAAACCAAACUUUUAUUAGAUUCCUGUGUGAUCAGUGACCAUCCCAAAAUACAGAUCAAGAACUCAACUUUCUGCAUGACGGCCUAUCCCAACUUGACAAUGGUUAAUUUCACCAGCCAGGCCAAUAAAACGUUUGUCAGUGGGAGUGAAGAGUAUUUCAAGUACUUUGUGCUGAAGAUUUCUGCAGGGAUUGAAUAUCCUGGCGAGAUCAGGUGGCCACUAGCCUUCUGCCUCUUCCUGGCUUGGGUAAUUGUGUAUGCAUCCCUGGCAAAAGGAAUCAAGACUUCAGGAAAAGUGGUGUAUUUCACGGCCACGUUCCCGUACGUCGUGCUGGUGAUUCUUCUCAUGCGAGGAGUUACCCUGCCUGGAGCUGGCGCUGGGAUUUGGUACUUCAUCACGCCGAAGUGGGAGAAACUUACGGACGCCACGGUGUGGAAAGACGCUGCCACUCAGAUUUUCUUCUCUUUAUCUGCCGCAUGGGGAGGCCUGAUCACUCUUUCUUCUUACAACAAAUUCCACAACAACUGCUACAGGGACACCCUAAUUGUUACCUGCACCAACAGUGCCACGAGCAUCUUCGCCGGCUUCGUCAUCUUCUCAGUCAUCGGCUUCAUGGCCAAUGAACGCAAGGUUAACAUCGAGAACGUGGCAGACCAAGGGCCAGGCAUUGCAUUUGUGGUUUACCCGGAGGCCUUGACCAGGCUGCCCCUCUCUCCGUUCUGGGCCAUCAUCUUUUUCCUGAUGCUCCUCACUCUUGGACUUGACACGAUGUUUGCCACCAUCGAGACCAUAGUGACCUCCAUCUCGGACGAGUUUCCCAAGUACCUGCGCACACACAAGCCGGUCUUUACUCUGGGCUGCUGCGUUUGUUUCUUCAUCAUGGGCUUCCCCAUGAUCACUCAGGGUGGAAUUUACAUGUUUCAGCUUGUGGACACGUAUGCCGCCUCCUACGCCCUCGUCAUCAUUGCCAUUUUUGAGCUCGUGGGGAUCUCCUAUGUGUACGGCCUGCAGAGGUUCUGUGAAGAUAUCGAGAUGAUGAUUGGAUUCCAGCCAAACGUUUUCUGGAAAGUCUGCUGGGCGUUUGUUACUCCAACCAUUUUAACUUUUAUCCUUUGCUUCAGCUUUUACCAGUGGGAGCCCAUGACCUAUGGCUCUUACCGCUACCCUAACUGGUCCAUGGUGCUCGGAUGGCUAAUGCUCGCCUGUUCCGUUAUCUGGAUCCCGAUUAUGUUUGUGAUAAAAAUGCAUCUGGCUCCUGGCAGAUUUAUUGAGAGGCUGAAGUUGGUGUGCUCGCCGCAGCCGGACUGGGGCCCCUUCUUAGCUCAGCACCGUGGGGAGCGUUACAAGAACAUGAUCGACCCCUUGGGAACCUCUUCCCUGGGACUCAAACUGCCAGUGAAGGAUUUGGAACUGGGUACCCAGUGCUAGUCCGAUGGCAUGGGUGGCCCAGACUUGUUUCCGUUUCUCCUCUCUGCCUUCCCCUAGUGUUUUCCCCAGCUUUCUUCCCAUUUUUCUUCUCUCUCCCCACAUCUCGGUUCACACCUGUGCACGAGAGGGGUGACUUAGAAAAGUAGGACAUAGAGUCGCAUGCUGUAGCCAGGAGCUAGAUGGACCACUUGAA